AUGCUAAUUAAAAAAAGAAAAAAACAAAUUAUUUUAAGGUCUAAUAUAAAAACUCGAGAUGAGGAAGAAGUACCGGGACCAUCAGCACCUGAACAGCAACCAGCUUCCGUUGAUGAUACCAGUGCAGUAAAACAGGAGGAUGAUGAGACCAAGCUGAAAAAUAACGACCUGAUGGAAAUUUGGAAGAAACCACCGGAUGAUCCCGAUCCCGAAAAAAUCGCUGAGCAGGAACUGGAUGAUUUCUUGGAUGAUUUGUUGCUGUGA